CUGGCCUUAAAGUAAACCUUUCAUAAAUCUCAGCUGUUACCGGUUAACAUCAGUGAUCUUCAGGCCACUAAUCUUGCUUCGGUGCUUGGCCGUGGUGUUGGAUCCAUGCCGUUCACUUACCUUGGGCUGUCUUUGGGCCCCACUCGGCCCACUCUCACUGAUUUCAUGCCACUGGUGGACAGGAUUGAGCGUCGUAUGUCCAACACUUUGGCUUUGCUCUCUUAUGGUGGCAGGGUGACGAUUCUUAAUUCAGUAAUCUCCUCUCUUGCUACAUAUACCAUGUGCUCCCUGGAGCUCCCUCCUAAAAUUUUAGAGCACAUUGACAAAGCCCGACGUCACUUUCUUUGGAGCAAACAGACUGAGGUUGGGGAAAAAUGUCAAUCUCUUGCUGCGUGGGACUUGGUCUACCGCCCUAAGGAUCGUGGAGGUUUGGGAGUCAUUAACUUAAAAAUUCAGAACAAAGCCCUGUUGUUGAAGCAUUUGGAUAAAUUCUACAAUAAGAUUGACCUUCCUUGGGUGCAUCUUUUGUGGAAUACUUAUUACCAGAAUAAAGUGCCGCAUUCUAUUGCUCCUUGUGGAUCGUUCUAGUGGAGGGACAUUUUCAAACUGAAUCCCAUUUAUCGGGGUUUCAGCUCCUGUGUUGUUGCCACUGGUGAUAGUUGUCUAUUUUGGAAGGAUUUUUGAAAUGGCCAUCUCCUGUCGGAUGAAUUCCCUCGUGCCUAGUCCUACUCUACCGACAAGUACAUUUCUGUCAAGGACUUUGUGAUUUCUCUGCCUCAAGCUCCCUCCCUCCAGGCUCCUCUCUCGGCCCCUGCUUUUGCUGAGUUUACUUCUCUUCAGCAGGAGCUAGGUGAGACGUUUGAGUCAGUGAUUGAGGCUGCUGGUUCUGAUGUUUGGCAGUGCAUUUGGAAAGAUGGGUUUUCUACUAGCCGGUUCUACAAACACUAUUUUGCCUCAUUGCCUAGUAACCCCAUCAUGAUGAAGUUUUGGAAGUCCAAAUGUGUCAUGAAGCACAAGGUGUUUGUUUGGCUGCUUAUAAUGGACAGGCUCAACACGCGAAACAUGCUUAGGCGUCGGCACUUUGUCAUUACUACUAGCUGGGACUGCAUCUUAUGUCGUUCUCCUCCUGAAGAGACUUUGGAUCAUCUUUUCUUUGACUGUACUUUCAGCCAAGGCUGUUGGAACGAUCUGAAUAUCACUUGGGACCUGUCCCUCCCACUCGCUGAUCGCCUGCUUCACGCAAAGGAUGCCUGGCCUUGGGGCCUCUUCUGGGAGGUUUUCACUCUUGUGGCUUGGGCUCUCUGGAAAGUACGCAAUGCUAAGCUUUUUGAUGAUCUUGCACCUUCCAAAGCUGCUUGGAGAGCCAUCCUCAAGACUGAUCUGGAGCUGCUCACCCACAGGUCCACUAGAGACAGUUUUAAAGAUCAUCUAGUGCAAAUUUUACACCUUGUUUCUUAGAUUACGUGUGAGGGUUUGUCCUCACCUGCUGCUCAUGUAUAUAUGUAACUUGUUUAACUGAUUCUGUUUUAAUACAAAUGCAGUAGGAGCCUCUCCUGCUGCUUUCCCCUGUAAGAAAAAAAGAUACUUAAGCAGGAUGAAAUCGUGUUUGUUUGUUUUUGUCUUGUAAUGAUCCGAGGAAGAGGGACUUGUUUCCAAAUAUUGAAAGGGAGGGCAAAAGGAAAGAUAGUUUGCCAGACUGGCUGGCUGGCUGGCUGGCUGGGGAAUCUGAGGAAGAAAUGGUAGGAGGAAGCAAGGAAGGACGGAGACCACGGCAAGCAAGGUUCUCAUUCUUCUUCUUGUCGUAAGGGAAACAUGGGUAAGAAGAACCCAAGUUCAAGGCCAUCUCUGCUGCUGUCUCUCAUUUGCUUCUUGUCAGGUGCAGCUCGGCUUGUGGAUUCGGCCCGGGUGUUCACGAUCAUCAACCAAUGCAAGACUGAUAUCUGGCCGGCGGUGACGCCGAGCGGCGGGGAGAGCUUCGGCGCCAGCGACGGCGGCUUCCUUCUCCGUGCCGGGCAGUCCAUGGUGUUCACGGCGCCGGCGGGGUGGGUGGGCCGAGUCUGGGCGCGCACGGGCUGCGACUUCGACGCCGCCGGCAACGGGACCUGCGAGACCGGCUCCUGCGGCACCUCGCUCCAUUGCUCCGCCUCCGCCUCCGCCGCGCCGCCGGCGAGCCUGGCCGAGUUCACGCUGGCCUCCGUCGACUACUACGACGUCAGCCUCGUCGACGGCUUCAACCUGCCCAUGGUGAUCACGCCGUCGCUGCCGUCCAACAGCAGCGGCGGCGGCAAUGGCAGCUGCACGGUGGCGGGGUGCGACGGCGACCUGAGGAAGGACUGCCCGCCGGAGCUGGAGGUGAAGGGGGCGGGGGGGAAGACGGUGGCUUGCCGGAGCGCCUGCGACGUGUUCGGCACGGACGAGUACUGCUGCCGCGGGCAGUACGCGAACCCGGUGACAUGCCAGCCAAGCUUCUACUCCAAGAGGUUCAAGGCCGCCUGCCCUGCCGCUUACAGCUAUGCUUAUGAUGAUCCCACCAGCAUCUUCACCUGCUCCCAGUCCCCUGACUACACCAUCGCCUUCUGCUCCAACAGGAAGCAAUCCGUGUGCUCGUACCACAACGAACGGCUCGUCUGCAGCGGCUCUGGCAGAUCUUGGCCGAGCAUUUCCGCCCUGACGCUUGUGCUGCUGCUGCUGCUGCUCUCCAGCUUCCUGCCAUUGUAGUUUGCACUUUCAGUGUAGUUAAGGGUUAACUGAAGAACAACCUGACCUGAUAUAGUUCUUCCUUUCUUUUGGGGCUUUUUUUUUCGUUUAGAAACACAAAGUACAGUACAGGUGAUUCAUUCAUCAUCAAAUAUCUGCACUGUUGCUACCAUGUGGAUGAUAUUCUUUGGAUAGACAGCAUAAGUGAAUGUUUCUUUUUCCUA